CUCUGCCUUCCUUAUUUGCAGGUCAGCUCUACAUAGUAGAUACCGACUGACUUUCCCUUCUGCUCCCGACUCCCAAACUAUGAGGACACAGCCUCUUGAGGGCACCUACUAAUCUAUUGAUGCAUGAUUGAUGUUGGUGGCGCGGCUCAAUACACCAUCUACUUGCAUUGUGGCUUUUUUUUGUAUGCAUGCUUGCUUGCUCACGCUAUGGACUACUCCGUCCUUUCGUACUCUCAGUGGUGGAUUGCCCAGUGCUUGCCUGCUUUUUCGCUGAGUUGCCUAGAUACAAGCCUGAAGUAUAACCAAGAUACUACACUGCAUAACAGGCUCAGAUAUCCUCAGGCAUUUUCCUCGCGGAAGCACCGGGAUCGGAUACCCUUACAACUUCUGAGUUCUUCUCCACCAGACACUACGAACACCCUAACUGCACUGGCAGUAGAAGCGAAAUUACAGCAUGCACAGCACACUUACAAGUCCCUACUAAGUUCAUCUUGGCUUCUAAUUUUAACAGCGGAAGCCAUAUUCCACGCGGGAGAGAAGGGCAGGGAGCUCAUGAACUCGCCCCACCCCUUUCAACAGAUUCACAGUUCACAGUAGCCGCAACAAGUAUAUCUGCUGUCCUGUCCAAGGGGGAGCGAAGGGGAUGGAGUGGGUGGCCCAUGUGUAAACCGAAGCGAGCUGGCGGCCAGCGUCUUGGCAAAUUGGGAUAUGGCACAUGGCCGGCUGGCUGGAACAAGACCCUGUGGAGCAGACGGUAAAUCUAUAGAAACCGCUGAGUGAUGGUGAUGUGGUGGUGUGCUGCUGUAAUUGUGAGGCUAGGUAUGCCAC